AAGAAAGAACAAUGCAAUGUUUAUGUGUUUAGUCUUUUCCCGCACGGUAAACGACUACCGUCGUACUCGUUCGCAAAGCAGCUUCCUCACUCGCCCUCCCUCACCAAACGCCAAAUAUCCGAAACGCCACCGCCGCCGCCGCCGCCGCUCAUGGACUCCGUCGCCGGAGACCCGUCCUCCACCGCCCCCGCGGCGGCGCGCCCCCCGCCGUCGUUCCCCCGCCGCGAGGACUGCUGGAGCGAGGAGGCGACGUUCACGCUCAUCGAGGCGUGGGGCGAGCGCUACCUGGAGCUCAACCGCGGCAACCUCCGCCAGAAGCACUGGCAGGAGGUGGCCGACGCCGUCAACGGCCUCCACGUCGGCGUCGCCGGCAAGAAACCGUUCCGCACCGACGUCCAGUGCAAGAACCGCAUCGACACGCUCAAGAAGAAGUACAAGAUCGAGAAGGCUAGGGUUUCCGAUUCCGACGCCGGCUACCGCAGCCCCUGGCCUUUCUUCCCCCGCCUCGACGCCCUCAUCGGCGACACUUUCCCGCUCAGAAAAAUCUCCCCGCCGGCUGCCGCCAAACCGCCGCCGCCGGCCUGGAUGAUUUCCUCCCACCCCGUCGGCCCCCGAUCCGUCACGCAGAAACGGCCGGCGCCGGUCGUCACGCCGGCCGCCAGAGAUGACUCCUCUUUCCGCCGGAAUUUCUCCGCCUUCGCUGCCGCCGCCGCCGCUGCGGCGGAGGCCGACAGCGGCGAUUCGGAGGGGUGGAGGUCGAGUAGCGGCACCGGGAGUGGAAAAAAAGGGAGAGAGAGUGAAAAGGAAUUUGAAUUUGGGUAUAGAGAACUUGCUCAAGCAAUUGAGAGGUUCGGUGAGAUAUAUGAGAGAGUGGAGGGUAUGAAACAGAGACAAAUGGUGGAGUUGGAGAAGCAGAGGAUGCAGUUCGCUAAGGAUUUGGAAUACCAGAGGAUGCAACUCUUCAUGGAAACGCAGGUUCAGCUUCAGAAACUCAAGCGCACCAAGCAUUCUUCUGGAGCUGACAGUUUCUCAUAGCAAGUGGUGAUAGAGAAUCCUCUUGAAAAGAAUAGAUAGAUUUUAGCUUGGAACAAUGAAAGGAUAUAUAGUCCCCUUUUGGCAAUGAAAAAAGAUAAUUUAGGAAGCAUAUUUCAGAGUGAGAUUCAGGUAUGGUUGUAUUUAUAGUGUAUUGUUUUUGUGAAGUAAAUUAUGUUUCUUUUAUCACCUUUGAGGAACACUGGAAGGUAAAUAUGAACGAAGAGAUUGUGGAUACUUACUCAAUUGGAUCUUACAUCUCGUUAAACUCA